UGACUUAUGUGCAGUUUGGGACGCUGGAGUCUUCCUUCCCUCUGCAGACUGGAACGGAGCCUCCUCUGGUGUUGCAGGGAGGAGGCUGAAUGAGACAGAGAAGCUGAGCUCUGUCUGGGAAGCCAAGUUAAAGCGGCUGGAGGCGGCUAGAGCCCAAGGGCUCGGGAGCAGGGAGCGGGGCCUGGUGCCAAGGAUGGCCAGGCAGCAGCCGCCACCCUGGAUCCACGCAGCCUUCCUCCUCUGUCUCUUCAGUCUUGGACGAGCCAUCGAGAUUCCUAUGGAUCCAAGCAUUCAGAAUGAGCUGACCCAGCCACCGACCAUCACCAAGCAGUCAGUGAAGGAUCACAUCGUGGACCCCCGUGACAACAUCCUGAUUGAGUGUGAAGCAAAGGGGAACCCCGCCCCCAGCUUCCACUGGACUCGAAACAGCAGGUUCUUCAACAUCGCCAAGGACCCCCGGGUGUCCAUGAGGAGGAGGUCUGGGACCCUGGUGAUUGACUUCCGCAGUGGCGGGCGACCAGAAGAAUACGAGGGGGAGUACCAGUGCUUUGCCCGCAACAAAUUUGGCACGGCCCUCUCCAACAGGAUCCGCCUGCAGGUGUCUAAAUCUCCUCUGUGGCCCAAGGAAAACCUAGACCCUGUCGUGGUCCAAGAAGGUGCUCCCCUGACGCUCCAGUGCAACCCCCCGCCCGGACUUCCAUCUCCAGUCAUCUUCUGGAUGAGCAGCUCCAUGGAGCCCAUCACCCAAGACAAACGUGUCUCCCAGGGCCAUAAUGGAGACCUGUAUUUCUCCAACGUGAUGCUACAGGACAUGCAGACUGACUACAGCUGCAAUGCCCGCUUCCACUUCACCCACACCAUCCAGCAGAAGAAUCCCUUCACCCUCAAGGUUCUUACCACCCGAGGAGUUGCAGAAAGAACACCCAGCUUCAUGUAUCCUCAGGGCACCGCGAGCAGUCAGAUGGUGCUUCGUGGCAUGGACCUCCUGCUGGAGUGCAUUGCCUCUGGGGUCCCAACACCAGACAUCGCAUGGUACAAGAAAGGGGGAGACCUCCCAUCUGACAAGGCCAAGUUUGAGAACUUUAACAAGGCUCUACGUAUCACCAAUGUCUCUGAGGAAGACUCUGGGGAGUAUUUCUGCCUGGCCUCCAACAAGAUGGGCAGCAUCCGGCACACGAUCUCGGUGAGAGUAAAGGCUGCUCCCUACUGGCUGGACGAACCCAAGAACCUUAUCCUGGCUCCUGGCGAGGAUGGGAGACUGGUGUGUCGAGCCAAUGGGAACCCCAAACCCACUGUCCAAUGGAUGGUGAAUGGGGAACCUUUGCAGUCAGCACCACCCAACCCAAACCGUGAGGUGGCCGGUGACACGAUCAUCUUCCGGGACACCCAGAUCAGCAGCAGGGCCGUGUACCAGUGCAACACCUCCAACGAGCACGGCUACCUACUGGCCAACGCCUUCGUCAGUGUGCUAGAUGUGCCGCCUCGGAUGCUGUCUCCCCGGAACCAGCUCAUUAGGGUGAUUCUUUACAACCGGACACGGCUGGACUGCCCAUUCUUUGGAUCUCCCAUCCCCACGCUCCGAUGGUUUAAGAAUGGGCAAGGAAGCAACCUGGAUGGUGGCAACUACCAUGUUUAUGAGAAUGGCAGUCUGGAAAUUAAGAUGAUCCGCAAAGAGGACCAAGGCAUCUACACCUGUGUCGCCACCAACAUUCUGGGCAAAGCCGAAAACCAAGUACGCCUGGAGGUCAAAGACCCCACCAGGAUCUACCGGAUGCCUGAGGACCAGGUUGCCAAAAGGGGCACCACAGUGCAGCUGGAGUGUCGAGUGAAGCACGAUGCCUCCCUGAAACUCACUGUCUCCUGGCUGAAGGACGAUGAGCCGCUGUACAUUGGAAACAGGAUGAAGAAAGAAGAUGACUCACUGACCAUCUUUGGUGUGGCAGAGCGGGACCAGGGCAGUUACACAUGCGUUGCCAGCACCGAGCUGGACCAAGACCUAGCCAAGGCCUACCUCACCGUGCUAGCUGAUCAGGCCACUCCAACUAACCGUUUGGCUGCCCUGCCCAAAGGACGGCCAGACCGACCCCGGGACCUGGAGCUCACCGACCUGGCUGAGAGGAGUGUGAGGCUGACCUGGAUCCCGGGGGAUGAUAACAACAGUCCCAUCACAGAUUAUGUCGUCCAGUUUGAAGAAGACCAGUUCCAACCAGGGGUCUGGCAUGACCAUUCCAAGUUCCCAGGCAGUGUCAACUCAGCCAUCCUCCAGCUGUCCCCAUAUGUCAACUACCAGUUCCGGGUCAUUGCCAUCAAUGAGGUGGGGAGCAGCCACCCCAGCCUCCCGUCUGAGCGCUACCGAACCAGUGGAGCACCCCCUGAGUCCAAUCCUAGUGAUGUGAAGGGAGAGGGGACCAGAAAAAACAACAUGGAGAUCACAUGGACGCCCAUGAAUGCCACCUCGGCCUUUGGGCCCAACCUGCGUUACAUCGUCAAGUGGCGGCGGAGAGAGACUCGAGAGACUUGGAACAACGUCACAGUGUGGGGCUCUCGCUACGUGGUGGGGCAGACCCCUGUCUACGUGCCCUACGAGAUCCAAGUCCAGGCCGAAAAUGACUUUGGGAAGGGCCCUGAGCCAGAAACUAUCAUUGGUUACUCCGGAGAAGAUUAUCCCAGGGCCGCACCCACUGAAGUUAAAAUUCGAGUCAUGAACAGCACAGCCAUCAACCUUCAGUGGAACCGCGUCUAUGCCGACACAGUCCAGGGCCAGCUCAGAGAGUACCGAGCCUACUACUGGAGGGAGAGCAGCUUGCUGAAGAACCUAUGGGUGUCUCAGAAGAGACAGCAAGCCAGCUUCCCUGGUGACCGCCUCCAUGGCGUGGUGUCCCGCCUCUUCCCCUAUAGUAACUACAAGCUGGAGAUGGUUGUGGUCAACGGCAGAGGCGAUGGGCCUCGCAGUGAAACGAAGGAGUUCACCACCCCGGAAGGAGUACCCAGCGCCCCCAGACGUUUCCGAGUCCGGCAGCCCAACCUGGAGACAAUCACCCUGGAAUGGGAUCAUCCGGAACACCCCAAUGGGAUCAUGACUGGAUACACUCUCAGAUACGUGGCCUUUAAUGGAACCAAAGUAGGAAAGCCGACAGUGGAAAACUUCUCUCCUAAUCAGACCAAGUUUACAGUGCAGAGAGCAGACCCCGUGUCACGCUACCGCUUCACCCUCAGUGCCAGAACGCAGGUGGGCUCUGGGGAAGCAGUCACAGAGGAGUCUCCGGCACCCCCAAAUGAAGCUACUCCAACCGCAGCUCCUCCCACGUUGCCCCCGACUACCGCGGGUGCGACGGGCGCUGUGAGCAGUACUGAUGCUACUGCCAUUGCUGCCACCAUCGAAGCCACAACAGUCCCCAUCAUCCCAACUGUCGCACCUACCACCAUCGCCACCACCACCACCGUCGCCACAACUGCUACAACCACUGCCGCCACCACCACCACCACGGAGAGUCCUCCCACCACCACCUCCAGGACUAAGAUACACGAAUCCGCCCCCGAUGAGCAGUCCAUAUGGAACGUCACGGUGCUCCCCAACAGUAAAUGGGCCAACAUCACCUGGAAGCACAAUUUCGGGCCCGGAACUGACUUUGUGGUUGAGUACAUCGACAGCAACCAUACGAAAAAAACUGUCCCUGUUAAGGCCCAAGCUCAGCCUAUACAGCUGACAGACCUCUUUCCCGGGAUGACAUACACGUUGCGGGUUUAUUCCCGGGACAACGAGGGCAUCAGCAGUACCGUCAUCACCUUUAUGACCAGUACAGCUUACACCAACAACCAAGCAGACAUCGCCACCCAAGGCUGGUUCAUUGGGCUCAUGUGCGCCAUCGCCCUCCUGGUGCUGAUCCUGCUCAUUGUCUGUUUCAUCAAGAGGAGUCGCGGCGGCAAGUACCCAGUACGAGAAAAGAAGGAUGUUCCCCUUGGUCCUGAAGACCCCAAAGAAGAGGAUGGCUCGUUUGACUACAGUGAUGAGGACAACAAGCCCCUGCAGGGCAGCCAGACAUCUCUGGAUGGCACCAUCAAGCAGCAGGAGAGUGACGACAGCCUGGUGGACUAUGGCGAGGGUGGGGAGGGGCAGUUCAACGAAGACGGCUCCUUCAUCGGCCAGUACACAGUCAGAAAGGACAAGGAAGAAACAGAGGGCAACGAAAGCUCAGAGGCCACAUCACCCGUCAAUGCCAUCUACUCUCUGGCCUAAUGGGGCCCACCGGGCACAAACACUACUUUGCAAGUGGGAGGAGGGGAGAGGGGGAGACAAAGCCACUGCAGACCCACCACAAAGCCACCACCGCUUUCAGGGACAAGGGUACAAUAUGGGGGUCUACCAAGCUGUGAGGACCAGAGACCACCCAGCCACCCAGAAGCCCCCUCCCAAUGACCCCACCCCACCCCCGGGUGCCACCAGAGUGGGAGAGCUAGAGCCAUGGCUGAGCUCAGCUGGAGGGAACCAGGCCCCUUGCCCAGUGUCACAGCCACCCUGAGCUUCCCACCACACUGCCUACUUUCGGCCUUGGCACACAUGCUCACCCGUUGCUGUGGGUUGUGGUACUUUUCAUUGUCUGUAUUUUGCUUUGUGUAUCUUCCCCUCCAGACCCAUGUCUCCAUUUUAUUUUCCUUUUGAAGUGUCCCUGGAAAAGAAAGAAAAGGAGGAUUCUCCCCCAGGAAACCACAAAGAUAGGCAUAAAGGAUCGAUCCGCAACAGAACGCGUAGGAAAGCUGUAGUAUUCAAACCACCUCUGGGCCGAUGUAUUUCCGAAGGAUGCCUUUCUCGCCAUAUGCCUCCCCUUGCUCCCAGCCCCUCCGCCUUGGCCUUGUCAGUUGCUGAGCUGGGCUUGGCUUCUUUCUGGAAAAUGACAGUAUUUUUGGCAGGGAGAAGGUGUACAGGCCUCCUUGCCUCUCUCUGGUUUGGUUGGGAAGUGAGUUUACCUCUUGUUCCUCCCCUUCCCCUUCCUCCAGAGUAUCGAAGAUGCGAGCUGCACUGACUUUGAAGAAGCCUGAGGAACAGGAGAGGACACUGAUGAAAAAGGACUUCCACACCUGUAACUGUGUGCCUCAUGCAGAAGAAAAUCAGGUAUCUGGUCCCCAGGGAACUAUGCUCACCUCUAGAAAGAAGAAGGCUGAGUUUGGACUUCUUCCUUCCCAUCAGUGAAAGCCAGGAUGCAGGACCACGCCUACUAUGUCCAGACUAGAGGGCGUCUACCCGCCUGGCCAGUACCCAGGCUGCUACCCUCAAGGAGAUGGAACCCUGUGAUGCAAACGUUGUGCUGGUGUGUUUGGAGGUGUUGAACACUGCUUCUCCUAACGUCUCUAGCAGAUAUCAUCUCCUUGGUCAAUUCUGUGCGACAUGGAGACGUGUUUGACACGUUGUGUGGAUGGGGACUGGCUGCCCCGAGACUGAGCUGGUGUGUCCUUUCAUUAGGGUAUAUACAUAUCAGGGGUCCCUGAGGUGGCACUGUAUGAACAGUGCUGUGAUGCCCCCGCCUGGGAAGGACUCGAUGCCCUUCGUAUGCCUUAUGCAGCUCUGAUUUGUCCCUGGAGUGCCCAGGUUCCCAGCCCCUCCCUGUAAGCCUUGAAGCCUCCGGUGACUUAUGUCUCAAGGAGAACAGGGCAGCCUAUGCAAGUGUCCCGGCAGGACCAGAAGCAGCCACUCAACCCGUUGCCCCUAAUGGAGACACUCGCAGACCUGCAUUUCUCAGACUGAAGGUGCUGCCUUCAUCCUGCCCACGAAUCCAUUUUUGAAACCAAAGGUACCUAGUCUCAGAGACAGAGAAAGAGGAAGAUCUUGAGCCUAAGGGUAACCCUUUAGCUAUGUCUGUAGCUUGAGUCAGUUUUGGGAGGGUGAAGCUGACCUCCAGAAAUGGAUCAGCUGUCACAGGCAUAGCCUCCAAUUUGAGCCUCCAGCUGCUGACCAGGGGGCCUGGGCAGGACCACACUGUAUCCUUCAGUGACUUUGUUAAAUCAUAAUUUGCCACAUGUUUAAGCCGCAGAGAUAUUAGCAAUGCUCACAUCACUUAAUAAUCGUUCAGUUGAAGGUCAGGCCCAUAGGCACACUCUGCGGAUAAGAAAACGUGGGCCAGAACUGAGCUCACAAGGUUAUUUGAACCUCAGAGUGUGCAGUGGUCAUUUGGGCAAAGUCACAGCCGCAGGGCUGCUGGCUAAAUGCCUGAGGGGCAGCUCUCACGGUGAAAGGGGACAGGGUAAACAGCAGGGAACUAGGGACUGGCUCAGGGGCUCCUCCCCUGGCUUUCUUCUAUCACCUGCUUGGAUGCAACUGGGCAUUCCUGUGGCCGAGGUCCACUCUCCCUGAAGAGAAUGUCAGGAAGUGUGCCUGUGAACUGAACUAAAGGACCGGCCUUUCCAGAAAACACGCUGGAUCUCAGCAGAGUAAUCAGUUUCUCAGGCACUCUCUCCAUACUGCACUGCACACACUAGUGAACCCACUGCACUGAGAACAGUCUCCUAGGGUUGGAAAGGACAAUUGGAUGUCAUCAUAGCCAUGAAAGGCUGCCACACAAACUGAUACCCAGAAGGACUGCUUCUAUCUGAAGGGUCUUGGGCAGAAGUAGGCCGCAGCCUGUCUUUGCACCUUGUCCCAGUAUCCUGCCAGGCUCUAUACCGUCCUUCUUUUAUGAAGAAAACAGCUCCCUCGGGCUGUUCUGUGAGUGCUGAGAGCUGUCCCCCACCUCCACGUGAUCAUAGCCCUCUGGGCAGGAGCAAGUCCGGGGCUGAAGAACCAAGUUUUUCCCACACAUAGAUGGCAGAGAACAAACUCUGAGGUGCAGACUGCAGGAUUCAGAAGGCAGUCCCUUCCAGGAAGAGGAACCCAUCUUCCAUGGAGCCCAUGCCAGAAUCCACUGCAGCUCAGUAGAAAAGCAGUAUUUCCCAGCACUUCCUGCCAGCUGGGUCUCAAGCAACCACCCCAAAACAUACCAACAGCAAUGCCAGGAUUGGACGAUACCACUGGUGCUUCAGCCUGUCUAGCUGGGAGGGAAGAAGGAUGGGUUAUUUUGCAGCAACUCUAGAAGCUUCAUUAACUGGACUACAACCCUACCAAUGUGCUCAGUCAUAAGAGCUGUGGCUUUUCUCUUAUUUGCCCAUUCAUUCAUUCAUUCAUUCAGCAAAUACUCUUUGAACAUCUAGUCUGAACUAAGGCCUGACCCUGAAUACCAUGGUGAGUGAGUCAGGUGUGGUCCCUCCCCUCAUGGGCUGACAGUCCUGAAACUGAGCCUUAGGACACCGUGGCCAUUGAGUUGGGAGCAUUCUGCCUCCAUUGCCUAAGCUUCUCAUGGCUGCAAGCUCAAAGGGAGAGGAUUCCAAGGGAGAACUUGGUCCAUCUGGUCCUCAAGGCUGGGCAGGAUAGGGCAGUCAUGAACUGUGGAUGGAGUUGAGGAAUGGUCCUGCUUCCUGAGCCUCUGCUGUGCCCUGUGGGGCAAGCUGCUUAACCUGUGUGUAUUUUUAUACCUCUGUCUCCACCAUUCAGUCCAUCCUUUGAAUACCUCUCUCCACAGAGGGGCAUGAGCCCAUCUGAAGGAGCAGGGAGCUGGGGUUUGGGAAGUACAUCACCGCAUAUCAGGGGUCAGCCACCUCCCACCCUGCUUGGGUCAUGGCAAGUGGGACCCCCUCUUUCCUCACCUUGCUUUUGCAGAGUUGGUUGAAUUUAAGCUCAAGGGAAAGCCAGACCAGCUCCCUUGCCCUGAGAGGUUGGAGACAUCUGGUCCACCACUUCCUGGCACGUUCCGAGGUCUGGAGAAGUGAUCACACAUCUGAAAGUCAGCUAGUGCCAACACUGUUUGUCCUGCGAGGUGCAUCCACAACCUAGGCCCAGAUAGUGUGUUCAUGGUUUCUCUGACCACAGUUAGCCUGGGGAAGGGGGUGGAACAGAUUUGAGGAUGUCUGUGGGUCUUCGGCUAAUGGGCAAGCUCCCCUGCUACAUCCAGCGCCCAUGUGGGUGCAUAAACAUACGUCACACCGCAGGCCUGUUGCAGAGCAGUGCUUCCAGGGGUAGCAAUUCAGAUGAUGAAGUUGUCUAGAAGAGGGCCAGUCCAUAUCCAGACUGUGUGGAUGAGAUGCAGAGGGCUGUGUGUGAGUGCUCUGUGCAAACUGGAGGAGGGGGAGAGGCUACCCAGGUUGCGCCCUAUUCAAGAGUCUGAUCCAGAGGAGAGGGGUUCCUUCCUCCCAGGAACAGCGUGGGCAGUGGAACUUUCUGGCUCCACUUGGAGCCGGGUCAAGUCUCAGGGCAUCACAGACAGCCCAUUUGAUGGCAGGAGCAGGGAUUUAACACAUUUUGGUCUCCGUGUUUGUGAGGCUGCUUCACCAAUCCUCUGAAAGAUGAAGCUCCGCAGGCUUUCCAUCAGCUGGGGCUGCUGCAAGGGAAUCUUCUCAGUGGGAGUGCAGCAGGUUGCUGGGGUGUUGGCACAGGGCACUGCUCCCCACUCAUGACCCCAUGGUAUAGAGUGGCUUCUCGCCUGGUCACCACUCCAGCCAGCCCCUGACAAACACAAGCCCAUGGUUGAAACCUAGACCCAUGAGAAAUGGUCCUGCUUCCUGUGAAACCUAGACCCAUGGUUGUGGUUAGGUCCACCUGGUUAGUUAGCAAAGCAUACUGCUUGAGCUUUGCAUGGUAGCUAGGAAUAGCACAGAGGAGGCUCCCGGUUUUUUUUUUUUUAAAGAGAGGGGACUCAAAUCCAUGAGGAAAAGAGCUUGAAAUGUCUGAAGACUCGGUACACUGGGAGACACCAAACAGUGUCGUAAGCCUCACCUGAAACCAGUGCUCCUCUUACCAGUAUACUAGUAUUAAAUGGAUGUUCCAUAAUGAUCAGGAUGAAAACAGGUACAAAGACAUCUAGCUAAGGACAGAAUCAGAUUGCUGCAUGUGAAGGAAUCACAGAGCUGAUGCUAUUGAAACGAUUUAUGGCACAGACGGGCAUGUGAAAAUCCAGGGAGGUUAAGGGACUUGCUCAAGAUCACAUAGCUGGCAAAUUAAGGUAAGCUUAGGGCUUGAACUUGGACCUUCUGACUCCCUGUCCAGUGUUCUUUCAUCUCACCAUAGCUGCCUCCUUUAAAACAGAGGUAUUACUCAAGAUCUGUCCUGGUCACCCUCUCGUACCUCUUUGCCACUUCUCUCACAUCCCCCACAUCCCUCCCAAAAUUAAAAACAAAAAGGAUUUUUCUGAGUCCGAGGACAGUCUGUCCGUGACAGCCUGUGGUUAACCCAGCUGUGCAGUGAAGGCAGACCCAGGCCAGUGGAAUAGAAUGAGGAGCUAAUGGGUGUUUGUUACUGUGAAACCUAUACCGUAUCCCCUUUGUAGCACAUGGGACCUUCAGCAUGCUGUCUUCCCAUAUUCCUCGGAAGUAAGGGCAUGGAGGGGGUUUCUGUCCAUUCUGCCCUUGGCUGCAGGGUGCAGAGGGGCAGCGGAGCCCAUACAAACCCAUCACCCUGGGAUUUGCUGGGUUGGAGUUCAGCAGAUGCAAAGACUUCAGUGAAGCAAUAAACACAAAAGUCUGGGAGAAAAUAUCCAGAAUUUUGUGCAUUACUCUGUUUCUUUUUCCAAAAUGACGCAGAUCAGGUGCCCCUGGCCUGCUCCUUUUCUGAUUCUCAACUGCAAUGUCCUCAGUCAGUGUUGUCCCUCUGCCCGGAUCUCCAGCUUUUUGCCAACUUCUUCACACUCCUCUUGAACUGAGCAUCAGUCGCCUGUGACAUGGCCACCUUCUAUCCUGCUCCUACCCCACACCCACGCUGGACCCCGGAGGGCCUCUUGCCCUACCCACAUCCCAACACACACAUACACACGUUUUCCCACCAGCCAUCCCAAUUUGUUCUUUUCCACGGGGAAAUUUUUUUCCUCCAGUGCCUGCUUCCCUUCCCACAUGCCCACACAUCCACAAAUUGGUCCGAUCUUUUUUCCAUUGGUUAAACAUUUAACUCUCCACGGCAGACCUUGUUUUAACCCCUCUCACAUCAUGUUCAUUCCUUUCUUUGGCGAGUUAUUUUGCAUUAACCAACUUUGUCAGUGACAGAUGCGUAUCUGAGGGUGUCAUGUGCGACCUUCAGCAGGGAAGACUUCUGGGCUGUGGAGGACCGUCUAAUACAUGGACUUAUAAACUGACUGCAUGAGCAAUGAAAAGGCCAAAUUAUUCAGAAUUUUUUUUUGAAUCACUGUAAAAAAAACUGAUUUCUUUUGUAUAGAGAACACUAAACGUAUAAUAAAAGUUGUUCAAAAUGGA